AUGUCUAUUGCCUUCACCAGCCAAGCCCAUGCUCUGGAGACCGUCGUUUCGGUGCUAGCGAGGCACAAAACCGAUGAUUACUACGCAUAUGAACGGGGGGAAAAUUGGUACAUAGGCAUUGGAAGUCAAGCAUCGUUAGUGUUAGACUCCAAAGGAGAGACUGUGACCGUCAAUACAGAAUCCAGUCAAACAUCACGCCCAAUGGAUGGAUCCUCGGUUACUGAUAUUGCGAGAGAAUUCGUCUCCCAUAACAUGAAACGUGGUUGCAGGAUAUUCGGCCAAGCUGGGUUCAACUAUGCUGCACAUAUUCGUGGACAAGCAUUUACAUGUGGCAACUGGCCUCUUCUAGCCCUGCUAGUACCUCGCAUCGAAAUUCUUCUUCAUCAACAUACUGUUACUCUGAAGGGAAUUCGCGACGGAGAAGUGAAGGGCUUAUAUGAGUCGAUCCAGCAUGACACUGGCGGCCUUGGUCUAAUCCGCCCUCAGAAUAUCCAGCCCAUCGACACGCAAGACAUCAAAGGCGAUUACACUGAUAGGGUUGAAAGGGCUCUCUCGGAUAUAGCCCGAGGCCAGUACACGAAAGUCAUUCCAUCACGCGCUGUAGAAAUCAAGUACAAGAUCGACAUGCCAGCUACUCUGCUGGCUGGAACGCGAUCAGCCUUAGGAACAAAUGAAGAAGUCGAGAAUCUGCGACAUGAGUUGCUAAACGACCCGAAGGAAAUUGUGGAACAUGUCGUAUCGGUGAGAGAGGCGAUUACAGAGCUUCGACAGCUGUGUCAGCCAGAUACUAUCAAGGUCGAAGAUCUGAUGUCAAUCAGAACGCGUGGCUCUGUUCAGCAUCUAGGGUCUCGUGUUGCUGGGACACUAUCACCCGAAAAGGAUGUGUGGGAUGCUUUUAAUGUCCUGUUCCCGUCAAUUACAGCAUCUGGAAUUCCGAAGCAUGCAGCUAUCGAAGCCAUCAAAUACCUGGAGGAUGAGCCGCGAGAACUCUACUCUGGCGCCGUCUUCAUGAUUGAAGAUUUACAAUCUUUUGAAGCAGCACUGGUCUUGCGCACUGUUUUCCAGGAUCAGACUCGUGGUUGGAUCCAAGCCGGAGCUGGCGUCAUCUCUCAAUCCAACCCGCAGCGAGAGCUGAUGGAAACUCGCGAGAAGUUGGCAAGCAUUGCACCGUUCGUGAUUCCGGAUAUUUCAACUUGA